GGCAGCGCGCAGUAGGCCGCACGCGUCGCGCGCGCUUUCCUAGCCACACGGAGAAAGAAAAAAAAAAUCGAUCGGGCGAGAAUUAAAAAGUUAACUGGUUGGAAAUAAAAAGUAAACCAUUAUUGUCGUUGAUCGCGUUAUUUUAUGCUCUGUGGCGUGAUCGUGAAGUGGUCCCUCCCGUGGAUUUUGCCUCUUUUCUGCUGUGGUGCAGAAAAGCACUCUCUACAUUCCUGUUCUGUGUUGAUGGUGUCACAAGUUUCAAGUUAGCCCUGACUAUAAAUAAGGGGCGACAAAAUGUUGCAGCAGAUACUGCGCGACAUGUGGGUGGACCCCGAGAUCCUGGCUGAGCUGGACGAGACGCAGAAGCAGACGCUGUUCUGCAAGAUGCGAGAGGAACAGGUGCGUCGAUGGCAGAUCUGGGACCAGAAGGUGAGCAAGGAGGACGAUCAGCCCAAAUUCCAGAAGAAUGGGAAGAAACAAGUCCAGUUCCUGAAAGGAGAAGACGGUGAGCCAUGGGUUUGGGUGAUGGGUGAGCACCCCGACGACAAGUCCAUAGAGAGCAUCCUCACUGAGGAGGCACGCCAGCGAGCGCUGCAGCAGGCUAGGGAGGAGGCACACCAGCUCCGCAAGUCCGUGGAGAAGGAACUCACGCAACUCAUAGAAUACGAGCCGUUAGAUAGCUUGGAACAGAAAUUUGAUCUGUCUCCAAAAAGUAUCGACCCGUUAGAGGACAGCUUGGAAAUCUACUGCACAGUGGACGAACUGCGCCAGCGCAUCGAAGCAUUGGAGCCCGAGGUGAAACUUUCGGAGAAGGACGAGAUCAACAAAUUAGCCGAGAAAACUGAGUUCGGGGACAACAUGAAACUGAAGAACACACUGAACUUCAACUUCAUCGAAGGGAAGCGAGACGUUUUACAGGAUCUCGGUUUGUCUACGACCGGCGACGGCGUGAGCAAUCGCGUGGCAGCGUGGGAGCGUCGCGUAGCGGCGGCGCGCGCAGGCGACAUCCUGCGCGGACUGCGAGCUCGACGCGCCCGCACGCUGCGGGACGCGCAGCUGCACGCGAACGACCAUGACGCCGCCUGGCGGGAGCAGGAGAGGAAGGCGAAGGAAGCGGAGGCGGCGAUGCGGGAGAUAGCUCGAGCCGCGCGCGAGGCGCAUCGACGCAGCGCGCUCGGCUCUGUAACUCCACCUGAACUACCACAGACUGGCAAACCCCCGAGCAGAGAAGCAGUCAUGGAAUGGUUCAGAACGAAAGAGUUGAAAAAAGGCGUCGGUCUGGACGAGAAUAACAAGCCUGUCGAUUGGUUCCACGGUUUGAUAACCAGGUCGGAAGCAGAACAACUGCUAUCAGGGCAGCCCGCGGGCAGUUUCCUUGUGCGCAUCUCGGAGCGAGUGUGGGGGUACGCCAUCUCGUACCGCGGUCGCGAGCCCGCGCGCUGCAAGCACUACCUCAUCGACACCGGCGCCGGGUACCGCCUGCUGGGGGCGGCGCAGCGGCCGCAUCAAACGCUAGCUGAUCUCAUCAACUACCAUAAGACGGUCGCCAUCACGGAGAGCGGCGGGGAACUACUCACCAACGCGUGUCCUCCUUCCAAUACAUCCGAGCCUACUGAACCAUAACGAUAGAUCUACCAAAUAUAAUGCUUGUUUCACAUAUAACACUAGCCACACACGCAACGCUAGUUCCACAUACAACGCUAGCUAUACAUAAUCCGCUUUAAUCCAAAACGCGUACUGAAGUUAAUCUUGGUUUAAACCUUAUGUUGCCUCUGUCUUGUUUUUAGCAAAAAAAAGUGACAACAUUAGUUUUAGUCCAGAUUUAACUUUAAUCUACGUUUUGUAAUAAGGUGGAGUCAAUCUAGAUCUACAGAAACAAUGCUAGCUUCACAUACAUAUUGCGAUGCUCUUUCAGGGCGCCACAAGUUUAGUUAGGAUAGUCAUGAAUGUACCAUCCGAAAUGUAAUAUGAUAUGCAAUAAAUUAAUAAAUAAAACGCUAGCUCAACACAUAACGCUCGAUUCACAGAUAACGCUAGCUCCACAUAUAAAGCUGACAGUACGCCAAAAUCAUUACAGUUCGAUAUUAUACGUUGUUAAUAAAUGCCGAUACAUUGUUAUAGUAUUAGGGCUGGACAAAACAUUUUGUAUAGGUACCUAGCCCAGUAGUAAAUAAGCACAAAAUUUUUGUUACCUACUAUUUCCAUACCCUAAUUUGAAUCCUGCAGGGUACUUUCAUGGCAUCAAUCUUACCAUCUUUGUAACAGCAAUGAAUUAUUUGAUUUAAACCGAUCUUGCAUAUUAACACAGUUAGCUCGUCAAUUUCGAAAAAUAUUUAACAGUUCGUCUAGUACCAGGUUAGACAAUGGCAAACGAAACGUGUGAAAAGGCAUUAUAUAGAUAUAAUGGGACCAUACUGUAUUUACAUCAGUCAAUAUUUUAGUCAUUUAAUACAUAUAAUCCUCUUGUAUAUUAUAUUUUAGAUAUAUGAUAAAUAAUUGUUAGUUUUAAGUUCUUCGAUAGUGUUUCUCACUGCUUUUCUGAUUUUUUUCUACAAAUAAUGAGACUUUCUAUAACAACAAACUUUCAGUCACUGCCAAUAAAUGUACCGGUUUUUUUAUGCCAGCCCGGAUUCUUUUCAUUUUUAAAUAUACCUAAUAUCCAUUUUUGUCUCAAUAGUCCAUAGUCUUAUUUAAACUUUUGAUAUUUAAAGUCAUAAUCGUUUAAAACAUUUGGAAUAAUUUUGAAGUUUUUUUUUUAUAUUAGGGUUGUCGCCUGAACAUAAAAAAUAUAUUGUCACCGCAUGGUUACAGCUUGAUUCAUGUAAGAAUCGGUAAUAAUGUUUGAAAAUAUUCUUCAAAGAAGUGAUGAUUGACAAUAAUGUAUGAUCGUUUUUUUAAUUUUAUGCGGAAAUUGCUUGUUUUUCUGUCUUUACAGUAUAAAAAAAACAACUUGAUUUUGUGUUCAAGCGAAAAUCGAUAAAGGGUGUUUUAAACGACCGGUUUUCCGCCGUGUCUAGGCAUGGUUUAUACUCUUUAUACCCGGGCCGAUGCAGGCUGAGCUUGUUCACGAGCUUGUACUUUUUAAAACGACCCCAAACAGUCGCUAGCGCCGGUGUCGUUAUAAGUCGCGGCACGAAAAUGUUGCGCUGGCUGUUAUUGCGCUGAAGUAGAAAUUAAGAUGUGUUGGGGGGAAACGAGGUGCGCGGGUGGGCGUGCGUUGUGCCGAUUGUCUCUCCAGUUGUACCCAUGCGCAGCUAUCCCCCCAGCGUUUUAUUCAGCUUUUUUUUGAGUAUGUAUGCUGUUGGUCGCAGAUGAACUUUACAGUGUCGACGGGUUUGGGGACGGCGAGAUCCUAAAGGGACCUCAAGCUGAGAAUUGGCGAGUGCUUCUAGAGGUAUUCCAGGCGGAUGGCAUCUCCCCACGGGGGGAAUCUCCUCUCCGUCUGGAGCCUCUAGACCAUUCGAACCUGAGGGGUCGGCUCAACUAGAGGGCGUUUUUUCAGCGCUAGAGUUCCGUGCCGCGUCCUGUAACAAACCUCAAUCAUAAAAUAGACAUAACAGAAGGCAAUCUCAUGUACGUACUUCACUUUGCAUACCUACGCUCGGCGGUCACGCUAGGAUUAUCAACAUUGACUUACGGCCAAAAACUUUCGCGGUAGUGGCAUUCGUAUCUAUUUCUUCGAUUUAUUGUUGAGAAUUAAACAGAAGGAACAGAAAUAUAAAACAAUAAUAAGUAAAAUAUGUCAAUAUUAAAGUUGUUUUUUAAUACAAAUUAAAAUUGACCGCUUAAUGUUGAAUUCAAACAAUCGUCUGCUGAACAGAUAUAUGUAACUAAUUAACUAAUUUUCUGUGUCUCCAUUUUUGUACAAAAAAGUUCGCAGACACGCGUGUCUCAAACGGGUGGAACUCGCGCUUGUAGUGGUCUGAACUGGUUCAAGAUAUCGUGUCGUAUGAGCGGCGUCUAAGUGUGCGUUGCUCGCGCUCAGUUUGAAUGUGUAGAUUACCUUCUGUUAUAUCUUUUUUGUGUCUCCAUAGUGUCCCAUAGUUUAUUGAUGAUCGGACGUUUAAAACUGUGCCUAAACCCGGAUAGAAAUCGUCUCGUCAACCUUCUCUUUACUGUGACUAAUACUCCACUAGUAAGUAAAGGACCAACUUUAUCAACUACUUAUUUUACGUAUACUUUUUUUGCUUUACAUUGCCACAGUGUAAUUAAUAUUAUUAGUAUGUAGUACGGAUACUGCCUUUUAUCAAACAAAUAAAAUAAUCAUUAUGAUCUCGAUUAAAAUUUUUUUACUCAGGUCAACUUGCAGCAAUUUCGCUAAAUCUAGAUUUAACUAAUACUAGAUGGAGUCCAUACAAUAAUGUCAAAUUGGCAUUGACGUGUUUACAUUUUUAUAUGGAACAUAUCUAAUCUAAUUUUAGUUGAAUCUUCGAUCAACAAUUCUAUAGAUAACCGGUUGCAUACCAAAUGAAAGCUAAAAACUGUUCGCAUAUGUUUAAACUUAUGCAGCUACAAGCGAUUCCCCAAUGAAUAAAGAUAAAUGUUUUAAAACAGUCUAAGUUGAACCUAAUAACAAAUAUCUCACAAACGAAUAAGGUGACAAAUAACAAAAUGUUAUUUCGCACAUAAGACCUUUUAUCUUAUAAAACGAACUCUAGUUCUUUUAAAAAUUAUAUCUGAUACUUGGAAAAAAACGAUAAAGGAGAAAAAAGGAAAAUUUAAAAUCAACCUUAUGACCCACAAAAUAAAACAUUUUUACCAGUCAUUGGCCAGCGAGUUACUACGUUUUAUAUUAACCGAACUAAUUUAAAAUAAGACCUCACACCUCAAGUGCGGCUAUAUUUACUGAGACGGAAUUUUACGUGCUGACCAGUUAUCUAUAGUUGUUGACCGAACAGUUGAAUAGAGAUUAAGCAAAUUUGCUGCAUGUGGGCCUUAAGGGGGUUUUCCACGCGAGUGGAGCUAGCCCAUUCGAAUGACUUCGUUAACUUCGUAACACAAAAGUGCAUACAUCGGCUUCCACCAACAAAGAGUCGAGCGAAAAUAACAAAGCGGGCAAAUAGUGUAAAAACUCUUUCUCGGUAGAAAUGAAAUCCUUUUUUUAUGUACACGAAGACCGCUCCACUAGACAUCCCUAGUUCAUUCCUCUUUGGCUGUAGAAAACGGAAAUUUCCACGACAUGCAUUUUUUAUUAUUAAAACUACGAACAAAUCAUUUAAAGUCCUUAUGUAAGUUAAUAAUUUAUUGUGAUAAAUCAUUAAGCUUGACACAUUCUGCUUCAGUAUUAAGAUUCGCUUAUUAUUGUAAUUGUCGUCGUAUAAUUGUAAAACGUCGUUAGUUUAUAUUUGAACUAGUGAGUUUGUAAGCAGACCGCUUCCAUUUAUCGACAGUGCAAAAGCAAAAUCGCUUAAACGCCACUUUAGUAACUUUACAGAAACGAGGAUCAAAGUUUUUAUUUUCACAAAAAAAAAACAUUAUUCGUUGUAAAUGAGAAGUAACGCCAUAAAAAUAAAAAUGUAUUCAUAAAAUAGUAUUAUGUAAUCCUCCUAUUAAAAAGUUACAUAGUGCCUUUACGAAUUAGUUGUCGCUUAAACGAAAAUCACUCGGCCCGCCAUACAUUUUCUGACAAGCAAACAUCAAAUCAUUUAAGAUACAAAAGAGAACGUAAGCGCCAUUGGUUUAAAAAAAAAUCAACAUUUAUGCCGCUUCAGCGUUGCGGUCAAUAAAAAUCUUCACAAAAUUUUGUUGCUUAAGCGCCAAAAAAUCACUCUUUACGAAACAUAAACAGAUCGACGCAGAAUAAAUCUGAUUCAAAUUAUAUAUACGAGUAUAACCUCAGAAUACAGAACAAAUAUAAAUCAUUUUCGACCAAAGUGGCGUUUUACCGAUUUUGCCUUACCACUGUCGAUAUACUAUUCGAUAUCUAUCGACUAAUUUCUCUAGAUACAAUAUUAAACAAACGAUAUGAAAGUUUAUAACGAUAUUUAUAAUAUCGUUGAUUGAUAUAAUGAAUAUAACUCGUUGUGUGAACCAAAGUUGCGUAUCGAAACGCGGUAUCGAAUCGGUAAAAUCAGUUUUUUGUACAGUCAGCAACAUACAAGUUACCACCUAAUGUCAAAUUUUUUCAACUGAUGUAUGAUAAGGCCUCCUCCCACGCUUGUUAUAAUCGUAUAUAAGAUAAUAGGUAUAUAAGAUCGGAUGCGUUACUGCGUUAUCUGUUUUUAGUAUCUAACUAAAUUGUAUGGUAUGAGAAAGACUACAAAGUACAUGCUGCUGCUAUAAUAACGACGCGAUAGAAGUAUGACAAAACCUCGCAAUAACGCAUCUAAUAGUAUUGACCACAGAAAGCAGAAAGAGGUUAGAAGGGCCUUGUGGGCGCUGCGUGAGGUGUGAGCUCAUAACUUGACCAAAAGUUGGUUUUGAUUGGGUCGUUACUCUCGGAUGUAAGCGCUGAAAGGGUCGAUUAUUUGAUGUCGUGUCGUUUGAUUGGCUAUUAUCUAUUAGGUGCAUAUUAUAUAGUCUAUGCUCACCCUUUUAACCUCUUUCUGUGUUCUGUGUUAUCGACCGAUAAUAACGUGCCUGGAGGCUUUAAGCUCAGCCACUUGACGUAAUUUGACAGUUUCGGAUUGCUUGAUCUGUGGCUGCCGGUACCUACCUACACUUGCAUGUUUAAUUUAUUAAGGUUAUUUUAUUGACGAUGAUCAUGCCAUUCGUAUCGUUUUUAGAAUAAGCGUAUGAUAUUGUUAGAUUUAGUCAUAGCGUCCUAUGUAUCGUAAACAAUUGACAAUAAAUAAAAUUGCCAAAUGAA